GUGAGUGAAUCACCUUAAGAGCUUAACACCGCAACCCCUUCCUCUUCUCCCCCCUUCCCCUCCCAGCUUCAUACUUCAUAAGUCGAUCGGAUCCCUCUCUCUUACGCCAUUUUAUAUAUCAAUGGACGAGUGAAUCUUCUUCUUAUCUCUUCCCUCUUCCCUCUUUCCCUCUUUCCCUCUUUCCUAUAAAUCCAUCCACACCAAAUCAGAACACUUUUCUUCAUUCCCCAACAGACAACUUCUACUUCACACCUUCCUUCUUUCUCCCUUGCCCGUCUAGAAUUCUCUCUCUUUUCCACACACUCAACUCUACUGUUUCUGCACUCCAUACAUACAUCAUACACUGUCCGUCACGUCCAUACGAAAGAUCGAGAUCUUACCCCACCUCACGCACAUCCAUACACACACACACUAUAAAGUUGCCAACCAUUAGGUAGGUGACUUCAACGGAGAAACGAGAAGAAAAAGAACAAAGAAACGAGUGAGGAUAGCUGCGUUGAUAUCAAUUCUAAGUAAUUUCAACUUCAUUUCAUCAACGACAAAGAAAUCCUUAUCAAACACAACACAAAUCGAACAUAUCAGCUCACCCGUCACUCCGAGGCUGAGAGAGCAGCUUACGGCUAUCCGGAGAAUCUCUCAUUCAAUACUCGUCUAGGUUCAACAAUCAUACCAUCAACAUCGUCGACCUGAUAUUCGUCCAAAUAAAUUUCCUACCUUUAAAGCUCCAGUCCAAGCGCAGAUAUGUCUUCCAACGCCAAUAGCAACAACGGCGGCACCACGCCUCCAAACGAAUCCUCCUCUAGACCCCGUCGUGGUUCCAUCACUGCACAAACAUUCACCAAUAUCUUUCGUUCAAACAGCACAUCUGCCGGAGGUCCGGUCGGUCCAUUCCCGGGUCCUGUUAGCACAGGCGCAUCUCAUGAUCACAAACGAAGAAUGUCGAUUUCUACACUGGGUUUAUCUGGUGCAUCUCCUACACAAUCGUCGGCAUUUCCUUUUGGUGGUCGACGUGGUAGUGUAUCAACUACAGCUUCCGAAUCAAUUGACGAAAGCGCCAUCGAUGAUGAAGAUGGACCUUCCAGAGGCACACCAACUACUCCCUUUGCACGUCGUAUGUCAUUUGGGGCUCAAGCACUUCGAACUGUUCGUACGGGCAAUGGUAGCCCUGGCACAAAUGGUAGAACUCCUUCUUAUACUACUUCUACAUUAUCCCCCAUUCCAGCAGGUUCAAAAGGUGGUGGUAGAGUAACCCCUCCAGGAACUCAGUCUCAACAGGCAAGCACGCAAUCAAAACCCAGAACUCCCUCUGACUUUGCUUCUUCUGCUCGUCCAGGUGAAGGCGGUUUCAACUGGUCUGAGCAGCUUAGAUCUCGUGCCGAGAGUCAAGUCUCUCAAUCCCAACGUCCGAUCAUGUCGACCUCUCCCCCAAAUAAUCAAAGAUUCAAUGUUCCAAUGCAUGAGCGAGCUAAGAGUAUUGGUGACGCCCCAGCUCCACCCACUUCCGCCAUUCCUCCCGUCGCAGCACCAAAGCCCGCUCGAAAGCAACCAGAUGCCUUCCAAGAACGUAUUUUGAAGGGAGAUUUCUACAUGGAUUGAUUAUUAUGGAUACGCACACAAAUUUCCUUUUGUCUUUCUCGAGCAAGAGCUUGAAAAUGACCGGAGUGGGUCUUUCAAAGUUAUGGCGUUUAUUGAUCAAAUGAUUAAAAGGAACAAAGAAAUUUCUUUACAACUAUUGAUUAAAACCAUCCGCAAUUGCUUUCGCUACAAUAUAACAUGGAUACGGAAUGUCGGAUCUGCAGAAUUGGAGUUGAACAGACACAACGAUGGAAACAGAAAUAACGAAAAUAUUCACCGCUCUCGAUAGAGCAAGAAAUGGAAAUAAUAUAGGAUUAGGUGAUCAGAUAUCGGAGCGUACGCUGGACGUUUCAUUCUCGAAAUUUAUUUUACUUCUUGGUUGAGGUUCAAGAUGCUAGCUAUAAGGCUUACUGGGCUCAGAAUAUGCUCGACGGAGCAAACGAUACAAGCAAAGAGAGGAUUACUGAGCAGACUGGCGCUCUCGGACAGAUUUGUGAGAUGGAAUAUAUGGAUGCCUUUAAAAGAUCCAGAUUGAUGAUUGAUGAAAUUCUUUGUAUUGCUGGCGCUUGUACUUCGCUGGGAUUGUAGGCGGAUGGUUUGGCAUGGCUUGCUUGCUUGCUUACAUGAAUGAAAUGAAACGAAAUGUUGUUGGGGAUUGGGACUGGGAAUGGGAUGGAAUGUUUAGUUUAUGCGUUUGAGCCUUUUACGCAGCUGGCCUUCUCCUUUUUUCCCAAAUUGUACUUUACAUGAACAAAUUAGCUAGCUGUUCUCGGUUGACUUUCACAACGUCGACGAGUGGAUGGAAUUCAAAAAACAUGUUAAAAUCGAUAUCA